UUCCCUGUAUUUUCCCUCUUUUAUCUCUCUCUCUCUUCACUACCAUCCAAAUAAUGGAGUAACGGUCCCUAGUAGGUGCUUCUUGUCUUCAUUCUCAUCAGCAUCAAGCAUCUUUAACAGCCCACCUUCAACAUUUAAUUUAAUGUUUAUCAACCAACAUUGCCUAAUAUUAUUAUUAAUAUCUUGGUUUACCCAAAUUUUUUACCUUCUAAUUUCACACUUAUGUUAAAUUUAAUCACUUUUUUUGUAUAUAAUCACUUGAUAACACACCCACAAACUUCCAUUUUUCUCAUUUCUUUCUAAAAAGUUGUAUUUGUAUUCUGUUCCUCUCUUUCAAGUAAAGUAGCUUACUUUCUUCUUUAUAUUUUUUGGGUUUUGUCUAUUUUUCUUUGAGAUCUACACCCAAAAAGAAAAAAAUGGGAGUUUCCCAAUGUAAUUACACUGAUUCAAGAAAAGUUGAAAACCAACAAAUAAUUACACCAACAACCCAUUUGAAUUCUGUAUCAUUAGUCUCUAAUGAUGAUGAUAGUGAUGAUGAUUGUGGAAAUGAUAAUCAUCAUAAUGAGUUAAAGUUCAAAUCUUUUUUGAUGAAAAUGAUUUGGGAUUUUGGGUUUGGUUGUUUUGUGCCUUCUAAUUGUAAUAAAGAGGUAAAAAAGAUGGAAAUUGGAGGGAAAAACAGUAAAAAUAUAGAGCAUAAUAAGGCAUGGUUACUUGCAGAAUCAGGUGGAGAUUUAGCAAAUGGUGAACCUCAUUCAGUUCAUUCUUCUUUUAGGUUCAGUAUUUGUUCUCAAGUUGAGAUUGAUUCUAUGAAAACUGCAAAUUUAGCACCUUCUACUACUAUUUUGAUGGUAAAUUUGGACAAUAAUUUGAGUGAUUCUCACUCAACAGAGUUGAAAUGGCGUAGGAUUGAAUCAUUGGAGAAGAGUAUUUCUCCUGUUGCAAAUUCAUUGAUCAGGUUUAGUUAUGGUGAAAUUCUUUCUGCCACCCGCAAUUUCUCUGAAGGUAGGGUAUUGGGCAGAGGUGCACUGAGUUAUGUGUUUAGAGGUAGAGUUGGGUUUUUAAGAACAGCAGUGGCAAUUAAGAGGUUAGAUAAAGAGGAUAAAGAGACUCCCAAGGCCUUUUGUAGAGAGCUGAUGAUUGCAAGUUCUCUUCAACAUCCAAACAUUGUUCCUCUCUUGGGGUUUUGUAUUGAUCCGGAGGAAGGCUUGUUCUUGGUCUACAAAUAUGUGUCCAGUGGUAGCUUAGAGCGCCAUUUGCACGGGAAGAAGAGGGGUGUGAAGGGUUUUGCAUCGCUUUCAUGGUCUGCAAGGUAUAAAGUUGCUGUAGGAAUUGCGGAGGCUAUUGCAUAUCUACACAAUGGAACUGAAAAAUGUAUUGUUCAUAGAGACAUAAAGCCAUCUAAUAUUCUUCUAUCCUCCAAGAAACGGCCGAAGUUAUGUGAUUUUGGAUUAGCAACUUGGACUCCAGCACCAUCAGUCCCUUUCCUUUGCAAGACUGUGAAAGGAACUUUUGGAUACUUAGCUCCUGAAUACUUCCAACACGGAAAAGUAUCGGAUAAAACUGAUGUUUAUGCCUUUGGAGUGGUCCUCUUAGAGCUAAUUACUGGCCGUAAGCCAAUUGAAGCAACAAGGCCACCCGGAGAGGAGAACUUGGUUGAAUGGGCAAAGCCGCUUAUGGACCAGGGAGACUCAAAACUUGACAGUUUACUCGACCCACGAGCUAAAAUUACUCCUAAAAGUUCAAAACUGAUAUCCCAAAUGGUUCGUGCUGCAGCUGCAUGUGUAAACAGUGAAGAACCCUGUAGGCCAAGCAUUAAUGAUGCCAUCAUUCUGCUGAGAGGAGAAGGCUGCCUUGUUAAGGGUAAGGCAAAUUUUGGUAGUCGAAACAGUUACAUUCCUCAAAUACUACAACGAACAAAAAGUGAAAUGAAGAGUCAUUUGGCUUUGGCCAUGCUUGGAGCUUCUGAACUGGAAGAUGAUGAUUUCUUGUAUGGCCGAUGACACCAACAAAAGAGUGUGCGUGUGUGUUUUUCUUUUGGCUGGGUGGUCAUUUUCCUUUCAAGUGUUAUUUCCUUUCUUUUAGUCGACUAUCGAGAGUAACUUUGCCUAAGGUUGGGUUCGGGUUUCUCUCAGGUUGGUUAUCGAGUCGGAUAACAGAUUGCCAGCUGUAUGCUGAAGGUUUGUUUUGUAUAGACUAGGAUCAAUUUGUACAUAUUCUCAAGGUCUUGUUUGAGAGUGACCGAGCUGCUCAUUAGGAGGUUCCGGCAGAAUUCAGAAACUCCACAUUGUGAAAAUUUUAACCAGAAAUAUAGUGAUUGAGGCAUUGAGCCUGCUCUGUACUUUUUUUUGAUACAGAUA